ACGAAUCGGUACGCGAAUCACGUGCUGCCGAUUGUUUGACAGGCCAAGUUUGACAUCACUGCAGAAAAAUGAGGUAAUAUCCGUAUCUUUAAGUCUCCGGUUAUCACUUACUCCUGCACCUUAAGCACCAAGAUGGGAGUCACCAUCGACUUCGAGGAGUGCCUCAAGGAUUCUCCCAAGUUCCGUGUGUCCUUGGAACAGGUAGAGAAUGACAUCCAUGACUUAGAGAGCAAACUGGAGAAGGUUAUUAAGUUGUGCAAUGGAAUGAUGGAAGCUGGGAAGGCCUAUAAUGCAGCAAAUGGGGCUUUUAUUAAUGGAGUAAGGGAGCUCUCUGUCUACUUUAGAGGGGACCAACAAGUCAAUGAUGCCUUGUGUAGGUUUGCAGACGGGCUGACAGAAAUGCUGAACUAUUACACAAUUCUGUUCGACCAAGCCAAGAGAGCCAUAAGCAAAAACCUUGACCACUUCGUCAAGAAUGACUUGAAGAAAGUGAAGGACACUAAGAAACAUUUUGAGAAGAUCAGUGAUGACAUGGACGCAGCCUUGUCGCGCCAGGCCCAGGCUAACAAGAACAAACCUCAGGAGCUGGAGGAGACAAACAACAUCCUCACCGCCAUGAGGUCAUGUUUCGGACACGUUACACUAGACUAUGUCUUCCAGAUCAAUGUUGUACAGUCCAAGAAACGUUUCAAAGUCAUGGAUACGAUGCUGUCCUUUAUGUAUGCCAUGAACACAUUCUAUCACCAAGGAUACGACCUCACAAAUGACCUUGAACCCUACAUGAAGACUGUAGCAGCCCAGCUGGAGAAGAUGACACAACAGGCAGCAGCCGAGAAGAAAGAGAUGGAAGAAAGACAUCUGUUAGUUCAGGAAAGGGAAAACUCCCUGAAGUCUCCCCCAAUGAGGUCCAGUUCUGUGAGUGACUCCUCAGAGGUGGUGAUGGAGGGUUACCUGUUCAAGAGAACAACAAAUGCCUUUAAGACAUGGGUCAGGAGGUGGUUCACAAUCCAGAGUAACCAGCUGGUCUAUCAGAAAAGAGUGAAGUCGUCCUAUCCAGAUGAGACCACAGUGGUUGUCCCAGACCUGAGAAUAUGCACAGUCAAACCUGCUGAGGAGAUCGAGAGAAACUUCUGUUUCGAGAUCGUUUCUCCCACCAAGAGCUACACAUUACAAGCAGAGUCAGAUAACCAGAGAAAAGUCUGGAUACAGGCUCUACAGGCCAGCAUUGCAACUGCAUUUAGAGAAGGUCACAGAGAAGAGAAUUUUCAGGAAGGUCUCCAAGACGACUCCAGAAGUCCAGGCGUUCCCUCUACCGUCCCUUCCAUGCUCAACUCCUUACCACCUGUCAAGUCUGAUGCCAAGCCAAAGAACACGAUGUUGAGACAAGUUCUUCAGAUUCCAGGGAACAGUGUGUGUUGUGACUGUAGACAAAAAGAGCCCAGGUGGGCCAGUAUCAACCUGGGUAUUGUCCUGUGUAUAGAGUGUUCUGGCAUUCACAGAUCAUUAGGAGUGCACCUGUCCAAAGUGAGAUCGUUGACUCUGGAUGCCUGGGAGCCUGAAAUCCUUGGGGUCAUGUCACUACUGGGGAAUGAAGCUGUUAACAAAACUUAUGAGGCCAACACUAGUGAGUGUGCAGACAGGCGGGCGUAUCCAGACUGUCCUAGAUCGAUAAGAGAAUCGUGGAUCAAGUCCAAGUACGUGAAGAAAGACUUCCUGAAGCCUCUACCAGGUCGUGUGAUCGCUGACGGCGCGUCGCCGGCGCGGGGUCGUAAGCGUGUGAUCCGGAGAUGGAGCGUGAAGAAGUUUCCGGAGAGGUUCAAAUCUGUCCAUUCAGGGGAGGAGGAGGGGGAGGCUGUCAGCAGGUCCACGUCUAGCGGGUCUCUUCACUCAGGUGCCAGAUCUGACAGUGGAGUUGAAGAAGCAGAAGACAUCUUAGUGUUUGGAGAAGAAGACUCAGAGGAAGACUCAGACCUGGAGGAGGAUAGACCCCCUCUUAGCGUCCCCCACAUUCUGAUUGUUCCUGACAUCCUGGAAGAAUUUCCCUUCCUCAGAGGUUCAGUAGGAGACGUGUCUGAAGACUGUAACAUCCCCACCAGGAGGUCUGCUGACAUGACGGAGGUGUUAGAACUCAGUCAGCUGGACCCUAACAUGCUGCUGUACAAGGCAGCGUCAGCAGGAAAUCUCCCUGUGCUGUCAGCAGCCCUGGCACAUGGUGCUGAUGUGAACUGGGUUAACACACAGGACACAAACAAGACACCUCUGCACCAGGCUGUGGAGUCUGGUUCUAUAGGAGCAUGUGAGUUUCUCCUCCUGAAUGGUGCUAAGAUCGACGUGAAGGAUGGCGAGGGGAGAGCACCACUUCACCAUGCAACUAUCCUGGGCAACACUGGACAAGUGUGUUUAUUCCUGAAGAGAGGAGCAAACCAACAUGCUGUAGAUGAGGAUGGUCAGGACCCCCUGGCCAUUGCACUCAGUACCACUAAUGCUGAUAUUGUCACCCUAUUAAGACUUGCCAGAAUGAAUGAAGAAAUGAGAGAGUCAGAGGGUUAUGGCAACCCUGGUGAUGAGACUUUCUCAGACGUCUUUAAGGACUUUUCCCAGCUGGCUUCAAACAACCCGUCCCGACUGAUGAGAGCAGAUGACAGGACAGACGCACCCGACCAGACCUGAAGACUCACUGACGGGGGAUUGGACGGGACGACAAAAUGGCUAUUCUAAACAUCAGUUGUUUCUCUGUAAGACAUACAUUAUCAGGGCUGGAAAAUAAGCUUUUUUCUGCAUACCUGCAUUGGUGCAGGUAACAUUAAAAAUCAUAUCCAGU